UUAUUAAUUGAAAUAAGAAUUAACUAAUCAAUCAAACAUAAAUUUUAAGUUUUGUGUAUGUCUUUUAUGCCAAAAGUAUGUUUUUGUAUGAAUUGCGUUUUGUUCUUGGAGGAGUAAUAGCUAUCUCAUUAAAUUAUCGAUCAAUCUUUUCUGUCACUGUCACUGUCACGUAGUUGGCUCUCAAGUUCACGUCGAGUCGAACUGUGUACCGGUGGGGACUUUAUUAUAUACAAUAACUAUUUUAUUUGUAUAAAACUUUUGAACAAAGACAAUUCUUAUUGCCCUUCUAUCAACACGUAAGUUUGUUACCAUGGCUGACGUAGAAAACAAGGAAGAUCUGGUUGAAGACGGGAAAAACAAAAUGAAUGUUAAAUGCAAAUUCUGCAGUUCUAAAAUUCUAGACAAGAAAGCUGCAAAUUAUAUCACGCAAGAGAUGGCUCUGCCUCUAAUGCAGCAAGACAAUAACCGCAAAGAGGGUGAGAUCCAGAAUGAAACAGUGAACGAGUUCUAUCAUGUAGAAAACAUGUAUACAUUUGAGAAUAUUGGUUUUACACAUACUGUUGAUAACUACAAAUAUCUGAGCUGCGCAGACUGUGACGCCGGGCCGGUGGGCUACUACGACAUGAAUACUAAACAAAGCUAUGUGGCGCUGUCAAGAAUUGUACAUUCCUAGGUAGUUCUUGAUUUAAAUUAGAUGCUAAUGUCCAGUGAUUGGCACGGACUGUGCCACACCGCAUGAUUUCAAGUAGAAAUGGACAAGAAUGGUUAUGAGACAUGACUCAAAUGCCUUGAUCUUGUCCGAAAAAGUAUUGAGUGAUAUUUUGUAAGAUUUUUGUAACUUAGUGCCACCCAAUGUACAUUAAGAUGUACACUUUGUUUUGAUGACUAAUUAACUAUUCAUUUGUGUUGUGAAAUGUUUACAAAAAAAUACAACUAGAUUCAAACUUCCUUAGCUAUGAUUUUGUAUGGUGGGCACAAGGUUAAUGUUUUUGAAUAAGAUUUCUAUUUGGAAUCCCGCAGUGUGGCACUGUCCGUGCCAAUCACUGCUAAUGUCAUUAUAAUCUUGAAAUUGAUGGACAGGGAAAAGAUAUCGAUAGUAUACUUGUAGAAGCUUGUACAUAUGAUUCUGGUUGUUGUCUAGGAUUAUUAUUUACAUGGCCACAUUUUUUUAUGAAACAAGCAACUAGAUUACCUAUUUUUGCAGAACUUAACCUUAAAAAUUGCAGAUAAAAUAUUAACUCUUUAAACUAAAAUAAAAUAAUACUUUAAAAUAAAUGGUAAUAAUUUAAAGAGUUCAUAUUUACUAUUUACAAGCAGUAAAAUUUUAAUAAAAGUCUAAAUAAAAUGGCACAGAUUUCAGCACAUAUGCACGCACAUGUUGGACAUACAAUAAAUACCAAAAAUAAAACAAUGGUACUGCAGAUACUCUGUGUCAGUUUUCACACAUUAUUUUAACCCUUGAAAAUCUAGAACUGCUUGAGGCCUAGUCAUUGUGACACACACUGGGUGACGUUUUUUAGGUGAUACAAGAUACAUGUAUGCCACUGUAUAUUCAUUUCUUACUUCUAGCAGCUCAGCUCUUCACUAUAGCAGCAACACUGAAAUCACAAUAAAAAGCCCUGGUUUCCAUAUAUUGUGUAUUGUGUCUAAUGGAACUUUAGUAUGGCACGCCUUAAGAUUUAUUUUUGCGAAUUCAUGGUUGCUCUCAUAAUAUAAACAGGUACUUAUAUCUAAGGACAAGCCUUAUGGGCAAUAAGUAUGGGGCCAGUACAGCGGUGUCACACACACGAAUUCGAGCCAAUCAUGCAGUCUAAUGCCACAAAGCAAUUGAUGAGUUCGCAUCACGUGCGCGAUUUUUCGCAAUUAGUUGUACUGGUCGCAUAUGUAUAUCUUAUAUCACAUAAAAAAAUACCAUUUAUAAAAUGUCAAGAUACAGCGUUCCUGCCACCUUUGUUCAUUGACACUUUCCAAUAUGCUUAUAAGUAUAAUAAUGAAAAUGUACUAAAGAGUUAGAAUAUUAACUGCUUUGGUAUGUGCGGAGCACGAUUUGAGCUUAUUGAUUAUUGAUCAAUAUAAUUUUUGUAUGUUUUUCUGUAAAUAUACUUUUAUGCAUUA